GCAACACAAUCUAGAUUUCUUCUUCCUCGUGGUGCACUCUGGGAUUUUAUGUAAACCAACAUGGCAGCCGCCUGUAGCAGGACCCUCUGUAAGGUCGGUUGGAGUAUUUUGGAGUCUCAACCAGCACGCCGGCCCGGUAUCGUCUCCUCCUACCUGUUGGGGAAUGUAAGCACACUUGUGUCCAGGAGGGCAUUCGGUACCGGCGGGACCGGGUACCGCUCCAAGCUGCUAUCCCCUCUGCAGACAGGGAGAGCUGGAGGCGGCGGCAGGGUGCUGGGCUGUGCCGUGCUGGUCGGUGCCGGGCUGGGUUUAUACCACACUGUGAAGUUCAGGUUGCAGCAGCACCUGGCCGAGGAGGAGACCAAAGUCUCAGGAGGAGGUCUGAAGUUGAUCCUGUACCAGUACAAGACCUGCCCGUUCUGCAGCAAAGUGCGAGCCUUCCUGGACUACCAUGGGCUGCCGUACGAGAUCGUGGAGGUGAACCCGGUGAUGAGGAAGGAGAUCAAGUGGUCAGACUACAGAAAAGUUCCCAUCCUGAUGGUGGACGGCGAAGUGGUAAGACACUAG